CUUUCGUUUCUUUUGUUUGUCCAUCCAUCAUCCUGACAGCCAAUUCUUGCAUUAAUUGGCCAUUAGCAGCACACUCGAGUAGUGUUUAGACUCAAAACACUAAGCACGACCUCAUUCCACGCAGACACAAGACACUGGCAUAAAUACUGGUAGCAUGGGAGCUUCUCAGCUAUUAGCACCGUUCCUGCUAACUUGGGUCUGUAUCCACACCUUUCUAUUCCUCCUUCAGCGCUUUCUCAAUCGACCAAACCUCCCGACGGGCCCUGGCAACGGUCCUGACUACGAACUCUUACCAACAUCAACAGCAUCAGCCGUAAGUGUAGGGAAUGUUUCUCCAAUCAAUUCACUAUCAAAGUCCAUAGUGUCAUCCUCUAGCAACAGUGCGCUGUUGGUCAAGCCUUUCCAUGUCCGAUUUUCCACGACGGGCCUCAACUCAUUUUUUUUCCGCCUGGGAAAUGCACCCAGCUUGACACGCUUCUGGAGAAUAUGGUAUGGAAUGGGGAUAGUCUUUGCCAUGCUGGCCAUGGUUGCAGGUUGGGUUUUGCUGAUGUAUGCAGCAAUCAAACUGAUCUUACUGGCGACUUCUUUCCUGUGGACGAUCUGGUCGGUUGAAUCACCAUCAUCGUUUACAGUGCGGGCUUCUGAACCGGAUCCGGGAAAAUAUCACUCGGAUACUGGCGCAACUAGUGGCGGAUUGUCGUAUCACCUCAGGAAAAGAGAUUUUAAUGAUGGUUCAGGGAGUCUGUCUGAUGCACCCUCCCAGAGUUCCGCUGCUGUUUCUAAUUCUGGUGAAAAUGGCAUGGUGUUUGUCCCUGUUAUUCCAGGCCUCACACUUCCUCUGUCACAUCUCCCUUACUAUCUAAUUGCACUUCUGGUGUCUGGGAUUGUUCACGAGGCUGGACAUGCCGUUGCUGCAGCCAGAGAGAAGACCCAAGUAUCAUCAGCAGGCAUCUUCUUGUACAUAUUAUAUCCAGGAGCCUUUGUGGAUAUCUCAUCGAGGGCUUUGGCAAUCAUGUCUCCUUUGCAGCAGCUGCGGGUCAUCUGCGCAGGAGUAUGGCAUAACGCGGUUCUUUUUGUAAUUGCAUGGAUCUUCCUUUCUAGUGGAGCCUUGCAACUAUCAUUUCGACUGAUUGGCUGGAAGCAAAUGGAUGAUGGACUUAGCGUUGUGGAUAUAGCGCCUGAAUCACCUUUGUACAAUGUCUUGAAACCAGGAAGCGUGAUUACACGAGUUGAUGAUACCUUGCUCAAAGGCAAUCCACUUGACGUUUGGUCGGAUGUUCUUCUUCCUUCUCAGGCAAGUCCAAGUCUCCAUAGCCAACCUUCCAAGUUGGUCUCAGGCUUCUGUGUCCCAAACACUCUUCUAUUUGUUAAACCAUCCGAUUGCUGUCUUUUCGCGCCAGAUAUGCAAUUCGGACAUUCCAAAGACCGUUCACUAUCUUGCUUCACGCCAAUUGACCCUUUGCAUCCACCCAACCCGAUAUCAUCUCAGGGAACGAACGACAGAGUAUUAGCCAAGAAUGGACAGUGCUUACCAUCAUUUGAGAUCCUUGCCGAUCCAAAUCGGGCUCGAUGCACGCCGCAGGAGCCGACAUGUGGUGAAGGCAGUUCGUGCUAUCGACCUUUCGUUGCCUAUGAACCUAUCUCAAUCAUAAGGCUUUAUCUCAUAGCACAGUCAUCAGUGGGAGCAUCAACAUCAACAGGCAUUACAGAAUCUGUUAGCGGCCUCUCGGGCCUUGUCCCGGCUGAACAAAUAGUUUUGUAUCAGGGGGAUCCGAAGGAUAUUUGGGAGACUGUCCAAGUGACGGCCAUGAGAUCUCGCUGGUUAUUUCUGCCGCUGUGGCUUCCAAAUGCAAUCUUACUCACAAUUCAGUACACCAUGUCGUUUUCAUUGGCCUUGUCGGUUUUGAAUAUUGUUCCAGCCCGUCAUUUAGAUGGUCAUCAUGCACUCAAAGCGUUUGUCGCGCUGGCCUACUCGCUUUGGCAGACCUAUAGGUUUUCACAAUCGAUGCGUUCCACCAUAGCUGAGUGCUCAACAGAUAGUGGUCAUGCAGCGGCAAUAGGACUGUCCAACUCUUCCACUACAGGUCUUCCAAAAGGAUCCAAGAUCGUGAAAGGGAUUGUAGCCAGUACCACAGUCCUUCUGGGUUGGGUGAUGAUUGGCAGUCUUAUACAGAUGGCUGCAACAAUACUUUAAGGAAAAAUAAAUUUU